AUGGCGGAAAACCAAACUCGAAUAGCCGACCAUCAGUUUAAAGAUGAAGUGUUUCGCAGCCUGAAUGACUUAAGAAACUCAAAACUGCUUUGCGACACAACAAUUCGAGCUGAAGGAAAAGAGUUUCCAGCUCACCGAUGUGUUUUGUCUGCUGGUAGUUUGUAUUUUCGUGGGCUGUUUACAACAGAGCUGGGUGAAAGCGAAAGCAACCUCAUUGAACUUCAGUUACUCAAAUGUACUGCAAUAAACGAAGUUCUUGAAUUUAUUUACACUGGAGAAGCUACAGUUAACAGUUCUAAUGCACAAGACGUGAUUGUAGCAGCCGAUUACCUGAUUAUUCCAUCGUUAAAAGCGAAAGCUUCAGAGUUCAUGGAGAACACGAUUAAUGCUUCGAAUUGUUUGGCCAUGGAAUCGUUUGCUUGCCAGUUUCAUUGUGAUUCGCUGAAACGAGCUGCGUUAAAGUACAUAUGCCAGCAUUUUACCUGCGUCGUUGAGUCGGAAGAUUUCAAAACUUUGGAAUAUAACAAGGUUAAGAUGUUUAUAUCCCAAGACGAGAUAAUUGUUUCCAAAGAGGAGGAAGUUUAUGAAGCUGUUAUCCGCUGGGUGAAACACGAUAUGGUUAGCCGUGAGUCAUUCUUCCCCGAGCUUCUCAAAUGUGUUCGUAUCUUUUCUAUGUCGAAGUUCAGUCUGCGAGAAAUAGUGGCGAACGAAGAACUAGUCUUAAAAAACCAGGAGUGUAUGAGCACUGUCCUUAAAAGAAUGAGUUCUUUUCUUUUUUCAGAUGAUGCGGGUUUCAGACUACUCGAAAGACCUCGUUUAUGCCUCAAGACACAUGAGCCUGUUGUAGUUUUUACUGGUGGCCAUGUAAUACCUUGUCAAAUGUAUCCACCUUCAAGAAAAACCUUUGGCUUUUUGCCUGCCACAAAACAGUGGGUAGAGUUACCAAAGAUGACUGUGGGUCGCUCACGACAUGCAGCAGCAGUUUGUAAUGGUCAUUUGUUUGUGGUGGGUGGUCAGGAACGUGCAGCUCUGUCUUAUUACAACCCUUUUCAAAAUAAAUGGUGUACUAAGAAAGAUAAGAUGAUUCCAGUUCGCAUGGGUGCAACACUUACUACUCACAAGGAAGAAAUGUAUAUGAUUGGCGGCAAAAAGGACAGGGGAAUAAUCUUGCACUCUGUUAGCAAGUAUAGUUUUCAGCUUAACAGAUGGACAGACCUGUCCCCGAUGCAGUUUCCUCGGGCUGCUCACUGUGCAGUUGGCCUUGACGGACUAAUCUAUAUUAUAGCAGGUCAAGAUAAUAGUGUUUGUUUAAAGUGCAUGGAAUGUUAUGAUCCAUCAAAUGAUGAAUGGUCUCAGGCCCCAGCUAUGACGAAUGAGCGUAAGUUUGCUGCUGCUGCGGCUUCUUCUGGGGAUAAAAUAAUUGUGGUUGGUGGUUAUGCAGACAUGGAAUGUGAAAACCUGGUGGAAAGUUGUGAGAUCUUUAUCAAAAGCACUAAUGAAUGGAACAUAGUGGCUGGUCCCAUUGUACCUCGUGCUGCAUGUGGUAUAGUGAGCAUCGAAGAUUGUGUCUAUCUGUUUGGGGGUGAAGAUGGAGAGACAGAGAUUGGCAGUGUGGAGUGCUAUUCUUUCCAAGGAGGCGCUUGGCACUUGAUCGGUAACAUGCCCAAACCACUUACAUGUCUUCAAGCCUCAUUGUUGCAACUACCCAUGGAAUAUUUGCGUGAACAAUUGAAAGUUAUGUGA